GGGAAGCACGCGGAGGCUCAGAAAGCUCCGCACCCAAUCGAAGAAGAAAAGGCGAAGAUAGACAAGUCCAAGCGCACCGUGUCCUCGUUCGCACCGUCGAGGGGAGCCCUUUACUCCUUGGGUUCCGGUGUCCUGCUUGUGGCCCUCCUGAUGCUGGGAUUGUGGGUUCUUCAAGUGCGGCAACACCAUGCCGUGGAAGAGCUCCUCAUGAAACAGGACAAGGCUCACAUCCGGGAAGUGCGACAACUGAACCAGCGAUUGGAAGAGAUGAGCGACCAGAAGACUGUGCUCCUUUGGCUUAUGGCAUCUCACGGCUGGGGCCUUUGGACCUUUGGUUCUGAGGGUCUUCAUGGUCGUAGGUUCCAGAGGCGGGCACGUGACCUGCAAGCGCGAGCCGUGGAGUCCGAGACAUUGGCGGCGAAACUGCAGAUGCGCACGGAGGAGCUCGAAACCCAAUCCCAGCAGCAGGCCGUGGACUCUUCCACGCGCGAGAAGGCCCUGCGCGACCUGCGGGGUGAGCUCAAGAGUGCCCGCGAGGAGGAGAAUGCUACCGUGGCCCACUUUGUCGAGCAGCUGAGUCGGGACACCGGGACGUUGGCGGAGGCUGUAGAGCAAGACCGCGAGAACUUGGAAAAGUCCAAAGCAGUCUUGACACUCCAGGCACGUGCCUUGACAAGCUGCUCGCUUUCACCAGCCUUUUCGUUUUUGUGA